AUGGCGGCGACAGCAGUCGACGUUGGCUACCUGGCCGCGUCCUAUGCCGUCCCAGAGACGACUCUUCGUUCAUUACUAUCCGAACCCACCGUCGAGCUAGUCCAGUCACUGCUCACCCAGAUUGAGGCCAAGGCCCGCGCAUACGAUGACCUGCAGUCGGAGAAGAUUCGCGCCGAUGUCGAGCUUGAGGCUGCUGUGCAGGGCGGCGAGCAGCGCGCGCGAAGCUUAAAGGCCACGGCAGAGAAGGCGCAGAAGGAGGCUGAAGAGCUAAAGAAGAAGUUAAUUCAGGAAGGUAAGGGACAAGAUGAGCCGACUUGCUGUGUAGAUGCUAACUGGAUCCCAGAAAAUGCCAGGCAGGAGGCACAGACAGCACUGCAGAAGCUACAGGCUACGGCCACCAGCUCAACGUCUGAGACGCAGGCACUUGAGUCGCGCAUCAAGACUCUCGAGUCCCAUAACCGCGAUGCCAUUGCCAUGCACGAGGCAAAGACGGCUGCCCACGACCGUCUAGCCAAGGAGCUCUCGGAGCAACACCAAAAGUCAGUUGAGCUGCGCAAGCAAGUGUCUGCCCUUGAAGAGAAGACCCAGUCGCUGGAGAGCGCUGCCACCAACGUCAAGUUCCGUGAGGCCAAUCUGCAGCAGGAGAUUGAGCAGCUGCGCAACAAUAACGACUGGUACACGACCGAGCUCAAGACCCGCGCCGACGACCACAGCAAGUACCGAAAGGAAAAGAACGCCCAGAUUGCCCAGCUGCAGCGUGAGAAUGCCGAUGCCGCCGAGACCAUCGACACUCUGCGCCGCUCCGAGACGCUGCUACGACAACACAUCGAGGAGCUCAAGAGCAAGGCCGAGGAGGAUCGUCUGCGCAUUGAAGAGCUGGAGAAUGAGGUGUCGCAAUCAGAGACCAAGUUCCAUCUGGAGCUUGACAGUGCACGACGACUUGCCACGCUGCACCAGCAGAAUCACGAGAUGACCAAGAAGCGCCUGGAGCAAUUGCAGGCCGACACUGAGCGGGUACAAGAAGACGCUGCCAACGAGAUCGGACAGCUCCAAGCCGAGUAUGAGAUGGAGCGUACCAAGGCCGCAGAGGCUGAAGCCCGCACCGUUGAGCUCGAGACACUGGUAGAGUCCCUCAAGAGCGACAACUCUGACCUUCGCAGUUCCGUACGCGUCCCCGGAACACCACGACACGGCAUGAACGGUGGCUUUAGUACCCCAGGCAGGGCAGGUUCACCUGCCGUCUUCUCUCCUGGUGGCUCGCAGCUCAAGGCUGAUGCAUCCAAGACCCAGUUGCUAAUCGAAAACAACGACCUCAAGAAGGAGCUCCGUAGAGUCCGGGAGAAACACGAAGAGCAGAACGCAGUACUCAACGAAAUGCUCCAGGAGCUAGAAAGCCGCCAACCCGAGUUUGAAGAGAUUCGUCGCCAGAAUGACGCCCUCAUCGAACAAAACAACGAGAUCUCCAGUCUGCUUGAUGAUGCCAUCUCUGAACGUGAGGCAGCUCAAAAGGAUUCACAGAAGAACGGUCUCGGCUCUCUGCCGGAAGACCAGCAACGGUUCCUCAUCACAGCCGUGGAGAAGAACGAAGUUGCCGACGAGUUCCUGCCAACUGAUUCGCCUACACAGAACAUGAUCACGCAGUAUCUUACUCUCUACAAUGACAUCAAGACGCUUCAGCAACAAAACUCUGAACUUCUCCGUACAAUCCGACAAGUCGGUGAUGAACAGGAGAAGCAAGAGUCUCGUAUGAAGUCGGAGCAGUAUCAAAAGGACAUCGAGGAGCUUGGUCAUCUCCGCUCUGUGGUUGCCGAGAAGGAUGAGGAAAUUCAGUCACUCCUGGUUCGCUCACAAACCCUGAAGACGGAACGCGACAUGUACAGUCGCAUCGUCGGCGGUCGUAACCAAAUGCCAUCGCACGCUCAGUCGACAUCUGCCUUUGCACAGUCAGUACCGGCCACUGGCGCUCCCCUGCAGCUCGAAAACGGAAACGCGUCCCGUGAGAUUCCAGAGUACAGCAAGCUUAUCAAGGAUCUCCAAUCGCACAUCGACCUACUCAAGGAGGAGAGUGCUACCGAUCGAGCUACCCUGAAGUCUCAAGUCGACGGUCUUACCAAGGACAAUACUCAGCUUCAGAGUGACAAGCUCCGUUGCGAGUCGCAACUGCGACGAGAGCAAGAUAGGUAUGCUCGCCUCGAGGGCAGCAUCAAGCUGCUCCAGUCCGAAAAGGACUCUCUCCAAGAGCGCUACAACAAGGUCCAAGCCACCAUGGCCCAGCAGGACGACAACCUUGUCAAGGCCACUCAGAAUGCGGCUGAAGCUGAGGCCCGCCUUCAGAGCUUGCAGGGCGAGAUGGUACAGCUUAGAGCAUCUCAACAGAUGUCUGCAACGAUUGAGGUACGUCUCAAGGAGCGCAACCAAGAGUUGAUGACGGAGCGAGAUCGACUGAGCAGCAUGGUGUCCUCCAUCCAGAGCCUACGCAACGAAGCCGAACUAGCCACUGCAGAGAGUAGGCGAGAACUACAGAACAGUGUUGACAAGCUUCGUAUGGACCUGCAGUCUGCCGAACGCAGACUGGAAGAUGAGGCCGCUGAACACAAGAGGGCAACCCAACAGCGGGACUAUGAGCGUAUGGAAGCGCAACGAAGGAUAGACGACCUCAUCACAGCGCGAAACAGUGCGGAAGUAAAGGCUGCUACUGCCGACUCAACCCGUCAACAGCUUGAACAACGCAUCAAAGAUCUGCAGAAUCAACUUCAGACCGCCGAGGAGCGUGUAGCAGCUCUUCAACCACGCCCCGAAUCGACCGAGGAAGCAGAUUCGGCCAGCCGUGAAGAAGAGCUCAUUGCACAGGUUUCGGAGCUUAAGCGCAAGCUUGAGCGUAAGGAGGAGGACCUCGAGGCUGUCACUGCUCAGAUUGCAGGCUUCCAGGAUAUCGCCCAGGAGGCUGAGAACCGGUUACAGACCUUUGUCGAGGCCCACGAACGCCUGCAAGAGCAGCUCAGUUUAGCAGAGCAAGAGAAGGAUGCUACUAUCAACGACCUCCAGCAACGUGUCAACGACAUAUCUUCUGAACUUGCUACCAGUAGCACCGAGCUUACCGAGUUGCGAGGACAGCAUGAGCAAGAGACCUUGGUACUCAAGCAAGAGAAAGAGACUUUGGAGGCAGAGAUUGUUCGCCUUCAAAACGACGUGGCUGACUACAAGGCCGAGGCCGAGAACCAAACCCAGUAUGUCAAGACGCAAGCCGACAUUGCUGAGCGCGCCCAGAAGGACUACGAGCAUGAGUUUCAAAAGCACGCCGAGAGUAUGCAGAAGCUCCGAGAAGUACGGGACCAGUACAACGAACUCCAGACCCAGAUCACGGAAUUCAAGACACAAGCCGAAGCUGCCCGCACUACGCUGGAACAGAGCCAAGAGCAUUGGAAGUCAACCGAAGGCCGCUAUGAGGAGCAGCUAGCAGAAGCCAAGCGUCGCCAUGAUGAUCUGAAGCAGUACAACCAGACCUUGCUCAAGCAAUUCGACGAGUACAAAGAGCAAAUCAACAGCUUGAAGAACGACCGUGGCGCGUCAGCAGCGGCAGGUGAUGCAGGCACUGCUGAAGCAGGUUCAAGUAAUCUUCAGGAUAUUGAGUCGUAUCUCCGCCGCGAAAAGGAGAUUCUGGAAGUCCAGCUGAACCUCAAGGUACAAGAAUCCAAGCGUCUGGAGCAGCAGUUGGCGCAUGCCCAAGGUCAACUGGACCAAACGCGUGAAAAGUUGCUAGAAGAACAAGCAAAGAAUUCCGGGUCACAGAAUGGUUCAAGCCUUGCUCAUCUCAACAAGAACCUCGAGGAGCUCAACGUCUACCGGGAGAGCAAUGCAACUUUGCGAAGCGAAAACCUGCGUCUCCAGGCUUCGUUCGCUGAAAAGGCCAAGGCACUGGAGGAUCUGCAGAGCGAACUUGAACCUUUACAGGUCCGUGUUACCGAGCUCGAGGGCGAGCUUGAGCUCAACAGUGGUCAUCUCAAGGCUGUCGAAGAGGACCGCGACCGUUGGCAGAAGCGUCACCAGGAUGUACUCCAGCGUUACGACCGCAUCGACCCCAAGGAACUUGAAGAUCUGAAGAAGCAGAUUGAAGAGUACAAGAGCGAGCGAGAUCAGGCUCUGGAGCAAGUCAACAGUCUCAAUGAACAACUCAAAGAUGCUACCGAAAAGCUGGAGAAAGCAAUGGCAACGAAGGCUGAAGAGAUACAGGCUGCGAAGGAGGCCGAGACGAAGAUUGCGAGAGACAAGUUCAAUAGAAGACACGCCGAAAAGAUGAAUGAGAAGAAAGCAGAGAUGGCAGAAUUGCAAAAGAAACUUGAUGCCGUUCAAACGGAGCUCGCAACUUCACAGACGGCACACGCGGACGCUGCGGUCUCACAAGAGCAGGUGGCGAAACUGCAGAAAGAGUUGGAACAGACUCGCACUCAACUUGCGGCAGCCCAGCGAGAUCUCAAGUCCGCAAACACUGCUCGUGAUGAAGCCUUGGCCAAGGCAGCCACAUCAGCGCAAUCUGUGAAAGAUGCAGAGGGAGGUGAAGAAGGUCAGAUCAAUGAGGGCGGCAAUGAGGCUAUUACUCAGCGACUUGCGGAGUUGGAGAAGCAGCUGGCAGAAGCCCAACGGAAGGCUGCAGAGGCAGAGCAACAGCGGUCUGAGGCAGUCGCUCAACUCACCACUCUGCAGGCCCAGCUUUCGGCACAAAAGAAUGGUCUACAGAGUCUGCAAAAGGAAACAGCUGAGAAGGACACCACUAUCACUGAGCUUCAACAACAACUCUUACAACCCCAGGCUCAGGAUCAACAACCUGCAGUCAACCCGGCUCCUGCUGUUGACUCCACCAUACAGGCAGAGGUAGAGAAGCUCAAGAACGAGCUUGCUAGCAAAGCCAAAGAGGUCGACGAUCUGCGGGCUCAGCUUAACGCUGCAAAGUCUGCCGAGCGCACGACAGAACCGGAAACCUCACAAAGCAAUGAAGCGGUUGCGGCUAUCAAAGCCUCACUCGAUCAACGAGAGACUGAGCUGAAGGCACUCGAGGCGUCCCUGAACAUCCGUGAAGCGGACCUGAACACUCGUCAAGACUUGGUCGCUAAGAGGGAGGUUAAAUCCGAAGACCUUAAAGUCAAGGCAAACAAGAGAAUUGCUGAGCUCAAGAAGGACUAUGAGUCACAGAUUGCUACUCUACAGGAGACGCAUCAAGCUGAGGUCGAACGUCUACAACAAGAAAAGCAGACAUCCGACGCACCUGCCCCCCCUGUAUCCGAUGGCGUAAUACCGACGGACGACCUACCGCGGCCUACCGUCACAAGCAAUCAGUUCGCACUGUGGUUGAGGGCCAACGCAGCCGCUGCUGAUGUGGUCAAGACGCAAAUAGGCAUCAACGUUAAGAAAGCUUGUGUCGGAAGGGACGAGCUCAUUACCAAGCUUCGUCAAGAGGUCGAACAGCUCAACACUCAGAAGGCCAUUGAUAGCAUAACUGCUGUCAAGCAAGAGCCAGAACAGGUGAAACCAGCCGAGGACCCAGAAGUUACGGCCGCGUGGGAGGAAAAAGUGAAGCAAAAGGUGAAAGAGAAGGAAGUGAACCUGACCAAGACGUUUGAAAUGAAGUCCAAGGUCAAAGACUCGCAGCUUGCGCUUGUCCGAGCCCGAUUCGCCUACGUCGAGAAGGCUUCUAAAGAGACGCCCACAGAGGAGGUUGCGAAGGUGUAUGCGAUUGCAAUGACUCAGAAGCCUGAAGUCAAGGCCGUCGCACAACCUGCCACACCUGCUACACCUGCCACACCCGCAAAACAAGAUGCGGUACAAUCUGGAGGUCAAAGCCAGACGAACACAUCAACACCAUCUCAGCCUGGUGCACAGCCCACAGUCUCACAGCAACAACAAUCAACACCUAUAGCUGUCAACACCCCCCAAGCGAACGAUGCGAACAACAUGCCCGCCGGUCAGGUAGCCCAGCCUAUGCCUUUUAACCAAAUGAACCAGUUCAGUCAAUCUGCUGGCCAUGGCAUACCUACGAACCCAUACCCCCAAGGCAAUAACCAGAUGGGCCGGGGACUACCACAGCCAGGUUUCACCUACCCAGGCCAAAUGCCAGGCCAGCAGCUACCACAAGGUCAGCAACAGCCGCAGCAAUACGGUCGCGGUAAUGGCCUACCACAGCCCGCCCGAGGUGCCCUGCAAUCCAACAUUCCCCGCGGAGGAAGCAACAUCCCUAUGCCCGGUGGUCGUGGACGAGGCCAGCAAAACCAGCCUCAACCGCAACAGCAACAGCAGGCACAACAACCACAGGCUCAGCAACCCCAGAACCAAAACCAAGGCCAAGCUGCUUCGCAAAUCGGUCGUGGAGGUGGUCGUGGAGCCGGUGGUCGCGGAGGUCGCGGCGGCCAGCAAAACCAAAAUAACAAUUCGCCUAGGAAUAGCCUCAACGUGAAUGCUCCUGGCUUCGUUCCUGUGCCUGGACAGGGUGGUGCUCAGCAACAGGGUGGUCGCGGCCAGAAGCGUAGUGCAGAGGACGAGGGCGAUGGCGCUGCUACCAGAGGUGGCAAGCGGGCCCGUGGUGGACGUGGUGGUGGCGGUAACGCACAAGCUGGUGGUGCCGAAUAGUAGUCGAGCGUGCGAGCGAGUGAGCGUGGUGGCCAUAAAAUGAGACGAGAUGAGAUACAAGGAAUGCACUGGGCGAACCAUGGGGUUGGGAAUAAGGAUGGGUGGUACGUACGUGUGCAUGCAUGGAUUUAAUGGGGAUGAUCAAUAUGCGAACAACAACAACUACUUUUACUUA